UGUGACGUGAAACUUACCAAGCAAUCUUUGUUUUCUUCUUUUCUAAAGCCCAAGGGGAAGAAGGCUAAGGGGAAAAAGGUGGCACCGGCCCCUUCAGUGGCCAAAAAACAGGAGGCCAAGAAGGUAGUCAACCCCCUGUUUGAAAAAAGGCCCAAGAACUACGGUAUUGGUCAGGAUAUCCAGCCCAAGCGUGACCUAACACGUUUUGUUAAAUGGCCUCGCUACAUCCGUCUGCAGCGCCAGCGCUCCAUCCUGUACAAGCGGCUGAAGGUUCCCCCAGCCAUCAACCAGUUCACACAGGCUCUGGAUCGUCAGACAGCAACUCAGCUUUUCAAGCUGGCUCACAAGUACAGACCAGAGACCAAGCAAGAGAAGAAGCGAAGGUUGCUGGCCCGUGCGGAGCAGAAGGCAGCUGGCAAGGGAGACGCCCCUACCAAGAGACCCCCGGUCCUUCGAGCAGGUGUAAACACGGUCACCACGCUGGUAGAAAGUAAAAAGGCUCAGCUGGUGAUCAUUGCCCAUGAUGUUGAUCCCAUUGAGUUGGUUGUAUUCUUGCCAGCUCUUUGCCGCAAGAUGGGUGUCCCGUAUUGCAUUGUGAAGGGCAAGGCCAGACUCGGCAGACUUGUGCACAGGAAGACCUGCACCUCCCUCGCCUUCACACAGACCAACCCGGAGGACAAAGGAGCCUUGGCCAAGCUUGUUGAAGCCGUGAAGACCAACUACAAUGACAGAUACGAUGAGAUUCGCCGGCACUGGGGCGGUGGUGUCAUGGGCCCCAAAUCUACUGCCCGUAUUGCCAAGCUCGAAAAAGCAAAAGCCAAGGAACUGGCCACCAAGCUGGGUUAAUUCAGAAGCUGGUUGAGUUGUCCUGUUCUGUAUAUAAAAA